AUGUCGCUUGCCGGUAAAUUCGCUGCCUCUGCUGCUGCUUCGGCCACCAGCACCACUAGAUUCACGACCGGUCUGACCCGCGCCGCAGUGCGUGCUAACAGCGCCGCCGCUGUUGCCCCCACUGUUCAGGGCGAGCAGAGCUCAUACCGCGCCUCGCCGACGCUUUUCAAGCAGCAACGCUUUAUGUCUGGAUUUGCCGCCGGACCCGGCUCGCAGAAGGUUCCCUCGUUUGCGGACUACACCAAGGAGCGCAGCCAGGACAGCAGCCGUGCGUUCACUUAUUUUAUGCUCGGAGCUUCAGGCGCAGUUCUGACGACGGCGGCGCAGUCGUCGGUGCACGGAUUCCUCACGAACAUGGCGGCUUCAGCUGAUGUGCUGGCGAUGGCCACGACUGAGGUCGACAUGAGCACGAUCCCAGUUGGCAAGACCCACCGCACGCAGGAGGAGAUUGACGAUGCCAAUGGCGUCAACCUUAAGAGCCUUCCUGACCCCCAGGAUGAUGCUUCGCGCGUGAAGAUGCCCGAGUGGCUGGUUGUUGUUGGUAUCUGCACCCAUCUUGGUUGCGUGCCGACUACGGAUGCUGGUGACUACGGAGGCUGGUACUGCCCCUGCCACGGCUCGCACUAUGAUGUAUCUGGCCGUAUUCGCAAGGGCCCUGCGCCUUUGAACAUGGAGAUCCCCGACUACGAGAUUGAGGGCGACAAGUUGACCAUUGGUUAA